AUGCAAGCAGUCACUUCUUCCACCAAGGGAGACGAAAUAGACGAUCGUUUCGAGGACCGUGAAGAUGCUCCGUUCCUGUUGCGUUCCGAUGGCGCUCCCCCGAGUUCACCGCAAGAACGAGACCGACCUCCUUCGAGCCACCGUCAGAAUCAUGGUAUUCGGGAGAAAUUGCGAAUCCGCCUGAUGAUAACACUGUUUGCGAUCAUCCUCUUCGUCGAAACUGGAAAUGCGAUGACCUCUGGCCCAACAACCCGUAUCUUCGAGUCUAUUGCUUGUCGAAAUUUCUACAACGAAAGUGACCCGUCCAAGAUCGGCCCCGAUGGCCAGAUCCCGGAAGAAGAGUGCAAGGGCCCGGAGGUACAGGGAGAAAUAGCUGUUAUCAAAGGGUACAUGGAGCUGUUUGACGGGGUAGCCAGUAUUUUGUUGGCACUGCCAUACGGGCUACUGGCCGAUCGCAUCGGACGCAAGCCUACUAUUCUUUUAGCUAUCCCGGGCUUUGUCCUCAACAUCCUCAUGCAGGGAUGCGUACUGUGGUGGUCAGAGACCAUUCCACUCCGUGCAAUCUGGUUGUCGUCUCUGUCAUGGCUGUUUGGCGGUGGUGUCGUCGUUGCUGCUGCCGUGGUGUGGACGAUGAUGACCGAUGUGACGACUGAAGCGCAGCGAUCUGCUAUGUUCUUCCAGUUCGGAGUGGCUGUUAUGGGAUCUGAAUUCCUAUCAAACUCAAUCGGCUCAUGGCUCAUGCUGUACAGUAAUUGGACUCCCCUGCUUUUGGGUUGGGGUAUUGUCAUCUUUGGUGUCUGUCUGGGAAUUACCCUGCCCGAAACGAAGAAUGCAUUUCCAUCGAGUGAACAAAAACACCAGGAUCAAACAGAAGAGCAUGAACUAUCUGACCUACACGCCGACGAUGAAAAUCAUCCUUCAUCUUUUGACAAGCCUUUACACGCUGAAACCCCAAAAACAAAAUUGCAGGGUGCAAUAUCUGCUGUCAAAGCGUACUCUUUUCUUUUGAAAAAUAAGCAGGUCAUGCUUCUCUUCUCCUCGUUCCUAGUAUACAAACUCAGCCGCGGCUCUUCUUGGUUCUUGGUGCAAUAUGUAUCCCUUCGUUAUGGUUGGAAACUUAUUGCUGCCAAUCUACUGGUUUCUCUAAAAUCCAUCCUUAUGGUGGGACUCUUACUUGUGGUUUUGCCACUAGCGUCAUGGUAUUUACAGAAGAAACGAGGAGUCGACAGUCGAACAAAAGAUUUGAUUCUCACCAAAGUCAGCGUCAUAUGCCUCCUUGUGGGGACCCUCGGUAUGGGUCUUUCACCAUAUGUUUGGUUGGUCAUUUUCUUUCUCGUUAUCCAGACCAUGGGAGCCGGCUUUGUAUAUACUACCCGUGCCAUCGUGGCAACCAUGAUCAAGCCUGAAGAGACCGCUCGCGUCUACGUCAUGAUUGAAAUUAUUCAGGCUUUUGGGAUGAUUCUUGCCAGCCCGGUCAUGACCAAUGUCUUCAAAUGGGGAAUUGACCUGGGAGGCGUCUGGAGGGGAUUAGCCUGGAUGGUGGCUGCAAGCUUGUUCGCCAUUGUUGCUGCUAUAAUAUGGAGGGUUGAAAUCCCCCCUGCGCCCGCCACACAUGAUGACUAG